GCUAAUCCAGGACCUGUGCUCAUAAAGCCUCUGGAUUCUGCAGAAAAAUUUCAAUGGAUAAAUCCUUACGGACCUUUACCUAUUCCUGAAACAUAUGAACUUUACGGUCGGGUCAAUAAACAUUAUGAGGAAGUGAUAGACCUAGAUAGGGAGGAAAGACCGAGAUACGUCAGUAAUAAUGAUUUAUGGAGGAGAGGUUCUAUUGAAAAGCAUAGAACUUUGAAUGGUUCGCAAAAUCCAUACCCGCAUGAAGUUCGCAUAAUAAACAAAAAAUAUAAGCCAUAUCGACAUAAUAAAAAAUUUGAAGACAUGGAAAAUAACGGAGGAUUUAAUGAAAGUUCAAAAUGGACGAAUUCAUAUAGCCUUCAACCUCAGCAUAAUCCACUAAAUUCUGAUAACUACAGCCUUCAACAUACUGCUCGUGGUUACCCGCCUCCGCAUCAUUCAGAAUCGUAUGACACAAAUCAUGCAAAUUCGCAAUAUCAUGAGCUUUAUUCUUAUGGUCAUUCUCCUCAGCAUGAUCGAAGGAAUAGUGAUGACAGUCCUUGUAAUCUACCUUCAACACUUCAACAACCGCAAUUACCCGAAUAUCGUUCUUCCGAGCCUCCAAUUAAGAUCGAGCCUCCAAUUAAGAUCGAGAGCCUUGAAGAAAAUCUUACAUCUUCCAAUAAUUCUCCGUCCAAAAAGUUUUCAUUGCCAGCAACUAAUGACAUUGAACAAAACAAUCAAUCUUCUGAAAAUCAACUCAUCCCAAUAUCCAAAGAAGAUGAAGAAAUUGUGGAGGCAACAAUGGAGCAAGAGGAACGGAGAGCUACAAUGGAACAGGAUAAUAUAACAGAACAAGGGGCUAUAAUAGAACAAGAAGUUGCUGCGGAACGCGAAGCUUCCUUAGAAGUUGAAUCUGAUAAAGCUUGCAUGGAGUUUGGUUUUAAGAAGUAUAAAGAAUUAUUAUCAGGGAAAUUGCGACAUCCAGUAUUUAUCAAGAAAGAAGAUGCACCAAACCUUUCUGAACUUCAAAGG